AUGCGAUAUAUGGCAUUAUUUCAAGUAAUCACCACACUCCUAUUACCAAUUAGAUCAUCGUGUACUCCUGUAUUAUGGGAAUCUGAGAAAUCUGUCAAUUUUUGGUAUGAUCAUGCUUUAUCUCAACUGGAUAAAACAUUGGCAAAACAAGUAAAUACAAAUUUAGCUAAAAAUAUCAUUUUAUUCCUCGGCGAUGGAAUGGGUUUGGCCUCGGUGACUGCCGGACGAAUUCGAAAAGGACAACGUUUUGGACGAAUGGGCGAAAAUGAACAGCUACAUUUUGAACAAUUUCCUUAUACGGGAUUUGUUAAAACAUAUAAUAUUGAUUAUCAAACACCGGAUAGUGCUGGUACGGGUACCGCAUAUCUAUGUGGUGUCAAAGCUCGUUUUAAUACUAUUGGUCUCGAUGGUCAUGUUCAAACAUCAAAUUGUACGAGUUCAUUUGGCCAUAAUAUUUCCUGUCUGACGGAUUGGGCAUAUUCAGCUGGAAAAUCGGUUGGAAUCGUCACAAACAGUCAUAUUACUGAUGCAUCGCCUACAGCGGCCUAUGGUCAUGUUUCUACACGUUUUUGGCAAACAUAUAAUCCUCAUAAUUUUCGUGGCUAUGGUGCAAAACAAUUUCGUGAAGGUUGUAAAGAUAUUGCUCGUCAAUUAAUAGAAGAUAACUCUCAUUUUCAUGUUUUACUCGGUGGUGGUCGACAAAAAUUUUUGCCCAAUACGACAAAAGAUGGUGAACGAUUAGACAAUUUGAAUUUAAUUGAUAAAUGGUUGCAAUUGAAAAAUGAGAGUAAACAAUCACAUAAAUAUGUUCAAACGCGCAAGCAAUUGUUAGAAUUAAAUCCGGAUAAAGUUGAUUAUGUACUCGGUUUAUUUGCACCCGAAUAUAUGCAUGUCGAUAGUGAAAAACGAAAAUAUCCCGAUGAGCCAACAUUAGAAGAAAUGACCAAUGUAGCUAUCAAAAUAUUAUCAAAAAAUCCUCGUGGAUAUUUUCUAUUUGUCGAGGGUGGUCUGAUUGAUGUAAUGCAUCACAAAACAUUUGCACGUUUAGCCAUCGAAGAGGUAGUCGAUUUUGAUCGAACGAUAGAACAAGCAACAAAACAAUCAAAUGAAAAUGAAACAUUGAUCAUUGUCACAGCCGAUCAUUCACACACAUUCUCAUUUGGUGGUUAUGGUUAUCGUGGUUCAGAUAUAUUUGGAUAUGCAUCGUAUUAUGAGGGUAUGAAUCGUUCGGAUAUUGAUAAUAAAACAUUUUCCAUUAUAUCUUAUGGAAAUGGUCCGAAUUAUGCAAAUCGUUCAUCUAUGAAUUCGAUUCAUCUACCGCGUUUUGAAUAUCCAGCAGCAACUCCUCUUCGACAAGGUAGCCAUGGCGGUGAAGAUAUUCCGGUUUAUGCACAAGGAUCAUGGAGUCAUUUGUUUCAAGGUACGAUGGAACAAGUCAUGAUUGCACAUUACGCUGCUUAUGCCGCAUGUAUAGGUCCAUUAUUUGAUCGUCAACAUUCAGUGUGUUUAAGAAGGCACCAUCAAACGGAAUCUAAAUAUGGUCACGAUCGAUCAGUCGUAUUACUUAUUUUAACAUCGUUCAUUCUAGUUUUAAUAAUAUUAAUAUUAAUCAUUUUGAUCUAUCAUCUUUUCUACAGGCAAAAAACUUCAACCAUCACCAUUCAACCACAAAAUUAA